AUGGCCCGGUUGGGUGGAGAAAAGGAAACCCCGUUCUCUGGCGUCAGGUCCUCGAGUGUCGCCGCGGUGUUGGUUUCCAUUCCCGUCAUUAAAAGAGCCUCGAAACCAGUGACAAACAUCGCGAGCCUCCUCUUAUUGCGCAUCGUCCUCGCCGAGAGGACCCAGCGAACCGUGCUCAUCUGUGUGAUCAUGUAUAGAAUUCCAGCCCGAACAGUGAAGACCGCGGGAGGUGGCCAUGCACUGGUGAGCGAAGAGCGGGAGCCUUCCCUUCGGAGUCGGAGAGCUGCCCAGCGGGUGCCGGUCAAAGAGGAGGAAGAAGAAGAGGAAGAGGAAGAAGAGGAGGAGGAGGAGGAAGAAGAGGAGGAGGAGGAGGAAGAAGAUGCACCUCCUUUGCUGGUCGGCCAGACGCCCAUGAGGCCGGAGGAGCCGGGCAUGCCAGCUCCCCAAGAGACGGGCAUAUUGCAAGCUUCCUUGCCCAUCGUCCUGCAAGCCCAGCAAACGGAGACGCGCUCUCAGACCCCAGACAGCCCGAGUGGCGAAGCCGCCAUACCAGUCCUCGCGCACUUGCAGAGGUCAGAAGACGAGGAGGCUCAGCCCCGGGCAACAGACCCCGGAGAAAAGCAGCAGGCAGCUCUAAUCCCAGCGGAAUCCCCCGUGGAAAAGGAUUCCCUCCCGGAUCCCCCAAAGGAGGUUGCACCCCAGUUACCUGAAGCCUUAAAAAUGGAGACCGAGGAAGACCCGAAGGAGCCACGGUCGACCGAAACUCCCCAAGAGGAGAAGGAAGAGGAAGAGAUGAUGGAGCAGGGCGAGACCCCGGCGGCUGUUGUCUUGCAGAAGGAGGGCGAACCCCAGAACAAGGGGACCCCAGAAGCAGAGGCAACCCAGGCGCUGCGCCGCCUAGAGGAAGAGGCGUCGGCAGCCGCGGCGGCGCUGGUGCACGCCUCUCCAUCUCCCCCGCAGCUGACCGAAGCACAACAGUCCCAACAGGAUCCCCGUGGGGACGAGCCGCCUCCACCACUCCUGACCAAGGAAGCCCCUGCGGGACUCGCUCCCGCCGAAGACGAAGCCCCUCCUCAGCUCUCUCAGCUGUCUCCCCCCGCUCAGGAAGCACCGACUGUUGCCAGCCGUGGAGCCUCGCCAUCCCCCUUGGCGCUCCCGCCACAUCAGCCCGUACGGGCCGGCAGCUCCCGCUCGUCCUCGUCCUCUUCCUCCAGCUCCUCCCGUUCUCGUUCCCGCUCCCCGGGCAGCUCGCCGCCCCGCUCCCGGGCGAGGAGGACCCGCUCCGCUUCCUCCGAAUCGCCGGCUCGGAAGCGGCCAGCUUUGGAAUCUCGAUCCCGCUCCGGCUCGGAGCGGCGGAGCAGUUCGGAGUCCCGCUCCCGUUCCAGCAGCAGGGGCAGCAGCAGUAGCAAG